UAGAUCACACAUAAUAUAAGACAGUCAUUCAUUUGAGUGAAAAUCUCAGAGCAGGCGAAAACAAGGACCUCAUCAUUAUUCAGGAUUAAAAUGUAUAGACCGGCACGAGCAUCACUGAACUCAAGAUUUCUGAAUCCCUAUGUGGUGUUUUUUGCUGUUGUCGCAGGGGUGGUAAUCCUGGCAGUUGUGAUAGCUCUACUGAUUCACUUUUUAGCUUUUGAUAAAAAAUCUUACUUUUACCAUAGCAGCUUUCAAAUCCUAAAUGUUAACUAUAGUGAUAAUUUAAAUUCACCAGCUACACAGCAAUAUAGGACUUUGAGUGAAAGAAUCGAAUCUGUGAUUACUACAACAUUCAAAGAAUCAGAUUUAAAGAACCAGUUCAUCGGAGUUCAUGUUGUCAAACUGAGGCAAAGUGGCAGUGGUGUGAUAGCAGAUACUGUUAUGAAAUUUAAAUUCCCUAGAAAUAACAAUGGAGCAUCAAUGAAAAGCAGAAUUGAGUCUGUUUUACGUCAAAUGCUGAAUAACUUUGGAAACCUGGAAAUAAACCUUCCAACUGAGAUAACAACAAUUACUGACGAGGAUGCAAUACAUCUGAUCACUCAAGAAUGUGGGGCCCGUCCAGACCUAAUGACACUGUCUGCUGAGAGAGUCAUUGGAGGCACCAAUGCAGAGGAAGGAGACUGGCCAUGGCAAGUCAGUCUACAGCUGGAUAACGUUCACCACUGUGGAGGCAUCCUGAUCGGCAACACAUGGAUCCUGACAGCAGCUCACUGCUUCAGAAGCAACUCCGAUCCUUCCAGAUGGACUGUCACGUUUGGUGUUUCCACAACAUUUCCCCAAAAGACAGAAAGAGUCAGUACUAUUUUGAUCCAUAAAGAUUAUAACUCCGGAACGCAUGAAAAUGAUAUUGCAGUUAUGAAACUUAGCAGAACUAUCACCUUUAACAAAGAUAUACACAUGGUGUGUCUCCCAGAGGCUACCCAGAAUAUUUCACCUGGUUCCACUGCUUACGUAACAGGAUGGGGAUCGCAAAUAAAUGGCGGUGACACAGUUACAGACCUACGUCAAGGACGGGUCUACAUAAUAAGCAACGAUGUAUGUAAUGCACAAAUUAGUUAUGAUGGAGCCGUCUUGCCUGGAAUGCUAUGUGCUGGAUUGCCUGAAGGUGGAGUGGAUGCAUGCCGGGGUGACUCCGGUGGUCCACUAGUACAACAGGACUCCAGGCGGCUCUGGUUCCUCGUGGGGAUAGUAAGCUGGGGGGAUCAGUGUGCUCUGGCAAAUAAACCAGGAGUGUACACUCGAGUGACAGCCUACCGCGAAUGGAUAACCCAACAAACCGGGAUCUAGUGUAACAAGUUCCUCUUUGUGGCCAAGUCUGUAUGCAGGCGUGCUCAUCUAAAACUCCAAAACUUUACUUUUCAGUUUCACAAACACAAUUUAAUCUUUUCUUUACUCUAGAUUUUAUAUUUUCUCAAGAAAAACAUAUGGAUGUUGCAUAGUAGUACUAUGGCUAUAUGCCAGGGAAGAAAUAGAGAACCGGUUAGAGAGUUAAGAAUUUUAUCAUUGUUGUGGUAAGCGCUAGUAGUGGGGAAAGUAGGUACCCAAGCAGGGAUACAUCUACACAGUCAGAAGCUCCUUUUCUGAGAAAGUCUCACUGAAGCUAAGAAGUAGUCAAAGUGUCAAAACAUGCAAAAAAAGAAGUGGAAGAAUAAUAUUUAAGACAGAAGGAGAAAUACAAAGUAUGAAAAAUACUAUUUAUUUAAAAUUUCUGCUUACUUAGUAUUUUAUUUAAGUCCUAAAAUUAAAUAUAUGAAGUCACAGUACAGUUCCAUAGCAAACUUAAAUAUCCUAUAAGAACAUGCUCCCAUAGGAGAUAACUGAUGAAUUUCAGGCAUUUAAAAUAGAAGCUAAAAUAUUCACUCCUCAAUUAAGACCCUCAAAAUUAUGAAUAAUUUUCAGGAUGAAUUUUAUCAGAAACAUUCUUUAAAAAAUUUUAAAUAUAUUUUAUUGAUUAUACUAUUAACAGUUGUCCAAUUUUUUCUCCCUUUUAUUCCCCUCCACCUUGCACCCCCUUCCCACCAUCAUUCCCUGACCUUAGUUCAAAAAUAUUCUUCAUCCAUGUGAAGGAAAGAAUUUAUUUCCUCCUUAGAGAAUUUUAUGCAAUACAUCUACACAAUCUUCUCGGAUUACUUACAACUACACAGUGCUUGUUUACAACUAAAUGAGAGUUGUGUAGUUGUAUUUAUACCAGAAGCAGUUAUUUUUAAUAGUUUAAGAAUCCUCAAUACCUACACCCAAAUGAUGAAUAGACAGUCAUGAGGGAAAAAAUGUCAAAGGUUGGUUUGCAAACAGAAAGCUUAAAUAGCUUAAUUUCAAUGAAAUUAUCUUAGAUAAAGUAUCUUUUCCCUCUUCCUCUCUCUCUCUCUUUCCCUGUUAUACAUGCACGCACACACAAAUAAAAUAAAAUACACUAAAAUGUAAUGGGACAGCAAUUUAUAUAGUCUAAAUCAUGAAUGUUACUGAAUUUCUAUGGGAUGCUAGUAUAGCUAAAGCGUGGUUAUGCAUGAUUAUCUGUAUGUCAGGGCUCUCUCCUUCCAAAAGCUAACUUGUGACACCCAGGUAUCAGAGCAACUACACACACUAUGAUGAAAUCUUUGUAUAUUUCCUCAUGUACAAUUGUGGUACUUACACCGAAGCCAUUUACUUUUAAAGAAAAAAAAAUGAAAAUUUAACCAUCUCUUCAUGAAAUGUAUAAACAAAU